ACACAUCCUUAUAUUGACCUUCAUAUCACUUUACACUCACUGUUUUGAAUACAACAGGCACCAAAUGAGAAGGAACUGGCUGAUUCUAGUCGAACUCCGAUGUCUCGGACUGGGGCUUGUAUGAGGCGAAGUGGAGGAGAUGCCAUGGCUGUUAAUGACCACUAGAGGCUCUCAGGGCUGGGCAGGGUAUGGGGGCUGUGUAUAUGUGAUCUCCCACUACCCCCCACCUGGCCAGAGCUAAAAUAAUAAAAUGCUGAGCUCACUGUUCCCCCACCCUCUCCCCCGGCACUGGGCUCCUCCUGCUGCUGGGACGGUGCUCUAGUAGAACAGACAGACCUACUGACACAGGGGAGGUGAGAAGGGAGGUGGCCACCAGGACUGGCUCUGUGAGUGCCACACAGUGGGGAGGGGGUGGGGGCCACCAUGUCAUCAUAUCAGAAGGAACUGGAGAAAUACAGAGACAUAGAUGAAGAUGAGAUCCUAAGGACCUUGAGCCCCGAGGAGCUAGAGCAGCUGGACUGCGAGCUGCAGGAGAUGGACCCUGAGAACAUGCUCCUGCCAGCUGGACUGAGACAACGUGACCAGACAAAGAAGAGCCCAACGGGGCCACUGGACCGAGAGGCCCUUUUGCAGUACUUGGAGCAGCAGGCACUAGAAGUCAAAGAGCGUGAUGACUUGGUGCCCUUCACAGGCGAGAAGAAGGGUGUGGUACAGCCUGACAAGUAUAAGCCGGUGCCGGAUGAACCCCCAAAUCCCACAAACAUUGAGGAGAUACUAAAGAGGGUCCGAAGCAAUGACAAAGAGCUGGAGGAGGUGAACCUGAAUAAUAUACAGGACAUCCCAAUACCCAUGCUAAGUGAGCUGUGUGAGGCAAUGAAGGCAAAUACCUAUGUGCGGAGCUUCAGUCUGGUAGCCACGAGGAGUGGUGACCCCAUCGCCAAUGCAGUGGCUGAUAUGUUGCGUGAGAAUCGUAGCCUCCAGAGCCUAAACAUCGAAUCCAACUUCAUUAGCAGCACAGGACUCAUGGCUGUGCUGAAGGCAGUUCGGGAAAAUGCCACACUGACUGAGCUCCGUGUAGACAAUCAGCGCCAGUGGCCUGGUGAUGCAGUGGAGAUGGAGAUGGCCACCGUGCUAGAGCAGUGUCCCUCUAUUGUCCGCUUUGGCUACCACUUCACGCAGCAGGGGCCACGAGCUCGGGCAGCGCAGGCCAUGACCCGAAACAAUGAACUACGUCGCCAGCAAAAGAAGAGAUAAUACUGCAUUUCCCUUUACCAACUAGAGCUGGGAGCACUAGACACUUAAAUUCUCAUCUGUCCUCCUUUCCUGUAAACAAAAGCCCUUAUAUCCAUUUUGCCUGCCUCCUUCCUUGGACUUUGGGGUGAGAAUCUUGGCGCUAACCCCCAAGGGUUACUGCCAGUUCACCAGGGGAUUAUUUAUACUCUGGGGAUCAGCAGGCAGAGAGGU